AUCGUAUUUGCAGCUCCGGCUGCUGCAUUUGUUUCCUUAGCCAAUCGGAAUCAAGGAUGUACUCGAACGCUAUAGCACGCCAUCUGUCUAUUUUAGUCACCAAUCAUCCAAAAAAGUGCAUCCAUCUUGAUUGCUGUCGUGGGCGGCUUCGAUGCAGGCACAGCAAGUGCAGCAGCAAGCCCAGCAUCAGCAAAUUACCGGGGCCAAUGUCAUUCUCAAAAUGAAUGAUAUACAGCAGCUCUCGACUGUCAGCUUGCUGGAAUUGGCGCAUCGGGAGUACCAAGCAGGCGACUAUGAAAAUGCUGAAAGACACUGUAUGCAAUUAUGGAGACAGGAGACAAACAACACUGGAGUAUUGCUGCUCCUGUCAUCUAUACAUUUCCAGUGCCGCAGGCUUGAUAAAUCAGCCCACUUCAGUACCUUGGCUAUUAAACAGAAUCCAUUAUUGGCCGAGGCAUACAGCAAUCUGGGCAAUGUGUACAAAGAGCGUGGUCAGUUGCAAGAAGCUCUGGAGAAUUACAGACAUGCUGUUCGUCUUAAACCAGAUUUUAUUGAUGGUUACAUUAAUUUGGCAGCUGCCCUUGUGGCGGCAGGUGACAUGGAACAAGCAGUACAAGCAUAUGUUACUGCCCUCCAGUACAAUCCAGAUUUAUAUUGUGUGAGAAGUGAUCUGGGAAAUCUGCUUAAAGCACUGGGAAGACUUGAUGAAGCUAAGGCUUGCUACCUAAAAGCAAUAGAGACUCGACCAGACUUUGCUGUGGCAUGGAGCAACCUUGGAUGUGUAUUCAAUGCUCAAGGAGAGAUAUGGCUGGCUAUACACCAUUUUGAGAAAGCUGUGGCACUUGACCCAAAUUUUCUGGAUGCUUAUAUAAAUCUUGGAAAUGUGCUGAAGGAAGCAAGAAUAUUUGACAGAGCGGUAGCAGCCUAUCUCCGUGCCCUUAAUCUCAGCCCUAACAAUGCUGUUGUGCACGGGAAUUUGGCUUGUGUUUAUUAUGAGCAAGGGCUUAUCGAUCUCGCCAUUGACACAUACCGUCGUGCAAUUGAGCUACAACCUAAUUUCCCUGAUGCCUACUGUAACUUGGCAAAUGCUCUCAAGGAAAAAGGACAGGUUGUGGAAGCAGAAGAUUGUUACAACACAGCAUUGCGGCUAUGCCCCACACAUGCCGACUCACUCAACAACUUGGCGAACAUCAAGCGUGAGCAGGGCUACAUUGAAGAAGCUACUAGACUAUACUUGAAAGCCCUCGAGGUGUUUCCUGAGUUUGCAGCUGCACAUUCAAAUUUGGCAUCUGUUCUGCAACAGCAAGGGAAACUCAAUGAAGCACUUAUGCAUUAUAAGGAAGCUAUCAGGAUCCAGCCAACAUUUGCUGAUGCCUAUAGUAACAUGGGCAACACAUUGAAAGAAAUGCAGGAUAUACAAGGUGCCCUACAGUGUUACACAAGAGCCAUACAAAUUAAUCCAGCAUUUGCUGAUGCGCAUAGUAAUCUGGCAUCAAUUCAUAAGGAUUCAGGAAACAUACCAGAAGCAAUUCAGUCAUAUCGGACUGCUCUGAAAUUGAAGCCUGAUUUCCCAGAUGCAUAUUGUAAUCUUGCACAUUGUUUGCAAAUAGUAUGUGAUUGGACAGACUAUGAGGCUCGCAUGAAAAAACUUGUGAGCAUUGUGGCAGAACAACUUGAUAAAAAUCGUUUACCGUCAGUUCAUCCUCAUCAUUCAAUGCUGUAUCCAUUAUCUCAUGAAUUCCGUAAGGCUAUAGCAGCCAGGCAUGCCAAUCUAUGUCUUGAAAAGAUUCACGUCUUACACAAACCACCUUACAAGUAUCCUAAAGAGCUAAACGCUAGGUUGCGCAUUGGUUAUGUUUCUUCUGAUUUUGGUAACCAUCCAACAUCACAUCUUAUGCAGUCUAUUCCUGGACUACAUAACAAAUCUAAAGUAGAAGUCUACUGCUAUGCUUUGAGUCCUGAUGAUGGGACAACUUUCAGAGCAAAAAUAGCAAGAGAAGCUGAACAUUUUGUUGACUUGUCACAGGUUCCUUGCAAUGGGAAAGCAGCUGACAGAAUAAAUUCUGAUGGAAUACACAUUUUAGUGAACAUGAAUGGUUAUACCAAAGGUGCUCGUAAUGAAAUAUUUGCACUCCGGCCAGCGCCAGUGCAGGUAAUGUGGCUGGGGUAUCCAGGAACAAGUGGAGCAUCAUUUAUGGAUUACCUCAUAACAGAUGUAGUUACAUCACCUCUUGAAUUGGCUAGUCAGUACAGUGAGAAAUUAGCAUACAUGCCACACACAUAUUUCAUUGGUGAUCACAAGCAAAUGUUUCCACAUCUCAAAGAGAGAGUUAUCCUUACAGACAGGUCAACUGGGAAGAAGGAAGUGCCGGAUAACGUAGCAGUUAUCAAUGCUACAGAUCUGUCACCUAUUAUGGAAAACACUUCAGUGAAAGAAAUACGUGAGGUGGUUUCUUCAGAUAGCAAACAUAGUUCGCGACCUGUUGAAAUUUCUUUAAAGGUAGCUGAGCUACCGACUACCACACCAAUUGAGACAAUGAUUGCAUCAGGGCAGAUCCAAACAUCUGUCAAUGGUGUUGUUGUUCAGAAUGGGUUGGCUACAAAUCAGACUAAUAAUAAAGCUGCAACAGGAGAAGAAGUUCCUCAGAGUAUUGUGAUAACAACUCGACAACAGUAUGGCUUGCCAGAUGAAGCAGUUGUUUAUUGUAAUUUUAAUCAGUUAUACAAAAUUGACCCUCUCACUCUCCAAAUGUGGGUCUAUAUUUUGAAACAUGUGCCAAACUCAGUUUUAUGGCUGUUAAGAUUUCCUGCUGUGGGAGAGCCAAAUUUGCAGGCUGCAGCCCAACAAUUAGGUUUGCCACCAGGCCGUAUUCUGUUCAGUAAUGUAGCGGCAAAGGAAGAGCAUGUGAGACGUGGCCAGCUAGCUGAUGUCUGUCUUGAUACUCCUCUUUGUAAUGGCCACACGACAAGUAUGGACGUCCUUUGGACUGGUACCCCUGUUGUUACAUUGCCAGGUGAAACGCUGGCUUCAAGAGUAGCUGCAUCUCAGUUGGCUACAUUAGGAUGUCCAGAGCUUGUGGCAAGCACACGCCAAGAAUACCAGGACAUAGCUGUUCGUCUUGGUACAGAUAGAGAAUACUUGAAAGCCACUCGUGCUAAAGUAUGGCGAGCACGAACUGAGAGUCCAUUGUUCGACUGCUUACAGUAUGCUCAGGGUAUGGAAAAACUGUUCCAGAAGAUGUGGGAGCGUUAUCAGCGAGGUGAUAAGCCGGACCACAUAACUGACGUCAAAUAGGUGCACUAUUUGUACCGAGAUUCUUCCCUUCUUUAGCCUGUACCAAUCAGUACAUUAGCCGCCAUACGAUAGGCGGUAGUAUCCUGAUCUAUUUAUGUCAUGAAGCUGUGACUGCAUUAGUUCUUGGCCCUGAUUUCACAUAAGGCACCACCAUACCGUAGCCUCUCUUUGAUAACUGUGCCAGAUGAACGUUACCAUCUGUGUUAAUUAUCCGAAGUUGGGCAUCAGAUGCAUAAUUGUUUACUGUGAGUGGUGGUUGCCUCUAGAUAUUUUUCCGGGUUGAAAAUGAACUUCUGCGUUCCCAGAAGUAUUAUCUGCUGCAUCCAGUUGUUGCUUGCAGAGAUCAGUUGUGUUGCUUUAAGAUGUAUUUCCGUUGUGUCGAACAUUAAAAAGUAUUUGGACUGUGCUGUGUGACUGAAACUGUUGACACCAUGUGUCUUCAGAGAUAGCAUGCACAAUAUUUUUAAGUGUCUGUAUGUUCUGUUUUCAGUGAUUGUGAUAUGUUAUAUAUGUUAUGUGAUAUUUCCUAUGCCAGUUGUGGAGUAAAAUGACGCAGAAGACACAAGGAGGAGCCAUAUGAAGUUCAUUUUUAAGAAGUGAUGUUUAAUUUUAUAGAACUAAAGUACCUGUGAAGGACAAUUUUCUGUGCAUUAUUCAAGAUCUAUCUCUACAAAGACAGCAGUGUCUGUUUGGUGUAUCUGCUGUUUUUGCUGCUCUCAGAGAUUUAUGAAACCAUGAGCUAUUUUCCUAAAAAUAAAAUUAGGCCUCUCCUUUUAUGAUUGUUUUCUUUCUUCCUUUCUUUGGCUCUUCUUUGCACACUGUAGAAUACGUUGAAAUUACCCCAGUUAAAUAAAUAAAAAUGUAAUAAAUGCUUUUGUA